CCCUGUCAGUUUUGCGGCGACGCCGAGCGGGGUGUCGGGCCAUGGCGUACCAGAGUCUGCUGCAGGAGUACCGGCAGGUCCCCGUGGUGACCCGAGCCUACACCACCGCCUGUGUGCUGACGACUGCGGCCGUGCAACUGGAGUUCAUUACCCCUUUCCAGCUGUACUUCAAUCCUGACUUGAUAGUCAAGAAGUAUCAGGUUUGGAGACUAUUAACCAAUUUUCUUUUCUUUGGCCCUCUGGGGUUUAGCUUUCUGUUCAAUAUGAUCUUUUUAUACAGAUAUUGUCGAAUGUUGGAAGAAGGAUCGUUCAGGGGACGAACGGCUGAUUUUCUGCUCAUGUUUAUUUUUGGUGGUUUUUUAAUGACCCUGUUUGGAAUUUUUGCGAGCUUGUUUUUUCUGGGUCAAGCCUUCACCAUCAUGCUGGUUUACAUCUGGAGCAGGAGGAACCCAUUUGUACGAAUGAAUUUUUUUGGGCUGCUGAACUUCCAGGCUCCCUUCUUGCCAUGGGUGUUGAUGGGAUUCUCAUUGCUUCUGGGAAACUCUGUCAUCGUUGACUUGUUGGGGAUCGUGGUUGGUCAUAUAUAUUACUUUCUGGAAGACGUAUUCCCAUAUCAGCCAGGGGGAGUGAAGCUGUUGGUGACUCCAGGCUUUCUGAAGGCGAUAUUUGAUGUUGCAGAGGAGGAUCCCAAUUAUAACGUGCUGCCUGAGGAGCGACCUGUGGGAUUCAACUGGGGUCAGGGGCAAAGGCUUGGGGAUCAGAAUGAACAGAACCCUGAUGCUCACCAAUGACACCUUGUAUUUUGUGAGACCAGAUGUUGCUGAAAUGGAGAACAUUUAUUUUUUACUUUGGAUAGUAAUUUGAGCUGUUUUCACAAAGGGUGUAAUUAAAAGUGAUAAUUGUUUGCAA